GCGAUCGAGGUGGCGAGCCAUGAGCAGCGGCAACAAUGGCGGGACGAACGGGGGGCUGGAGCUCAGCCUGAACCAAUCGCCUCCGCCGCCCCUGGCCGCAGCGGAGAGGAUGGAGGUGGACGGCGGUCAUGUUGAAGAUGACGACGACUACAGCAACGGCUCGUCAUCGCCUAGCUCGUGUGUGUCGUCGGAUGAUAGCCAUGCCGGCUGGGAGCCGUCGCCUAUGGUGAUCGGAGCGUGCGAGCGGUGCCUCUUGUACUGCAUGGUGACCAAGGAGGAGUACCCCAUCUGCAUCAACUGCAAGCAGCCCUUCCUUGUGGACGUCCUCCCUGCCGGCGACGACAAGAAGCAUGACAAGCGCCAGUAAAGGAGGCGAUCGAACUCAGUCGCUGUGCCCAGUGGAUGCUCAUAGCGAUGGUUUAGCUCAGUUUUGGCGCACGGAUCUUGGCGCGGGCUGAGGACUGCAAGCCGUUAGAUUGUCCG